AUGUUAGUAAUAAACAAUAAAGGAUAUAAACGUAAACAUGUUGUUGGUGGAAGUGGUUUAUUCAAUUUUAUUAAAAACAUGUUUAGUAGACAAGCAUUAACUAAUGCAUUAAAAGCAUCUAAAUCUUUAGCUGUUAAAGCAGCUUCUUCAGAUUUAGGAAAAACUGCAGUAGGAGCUGCAAAGUCUGCAGGUAAAGAACUUGCUACUUCUGCAAUAUCUACUGCUAAAGACGCUGUAAUAAAUAAAGGAAAAAAGAUUAUCGAAUCUAAAAAAGCAAUAAUACCUUCAGUACAAAUAAAAGAUAUUACAUCUCUUACACCUGAAAAUAAACAAGAUUUAAAUUCUCCUGGAGCUCUUAUACAAUUUGUAAUUGGUAAAGCAGAAGGUAUUUUACGUCCAUCUGAAUUCUAUUUAAUGAUUGAAGGAAGACUUUUAAAAGCAGAUGGAACAUCCUAUGCUAACUCAGAUGCUAUAACACUAGCAAAUAAUGGAAUCAUGCACUUAUUUCAAAGAAUUGAUUAUCAACUAUCAAAUGAAAUGGUAGAGCAAGUUAAUUUUCCAGGCCAAGCAACUACAAUGCUUGGAAUUUUAAAAUAUACAAAUGACUUUCAACUAUCAAAAGGAAUGAAUCAAUUAUGGCAUAAAGAUAGUGGAACAUCAGCAAGUUAUGCAGAUAACUUAGGAUUUUCAAUAAGACAAUCAUAUAUAAUUCAGAAACCGACUGCAAAAGGAUCAUUUUCAUUUUAUAUUCCUUUAAGACAUAUUUUUGGAUUCUGUGAUGAUUAUGAUAAAGUUCUUUAUGGAUUACAACAUACAAUUACCUUUACAAGAAAAAGUGAUGAUAGUGCAAUUUAUAGAGCUUCUGGAGUAGCUGCAGGUAAAGUAGUUCUUAGUAAGAUGUCAAUAUUUAUACCUCGUAUAGAACCAUCAUUAAUUAAUGAUGUUCAUUUAAAAAAAAUUAUUGCAGGAAAAGAUUUACUUCAACUUAGUUUUCGUUCAAGAUACUGUGAAAUGGCAGUUGUUCCACAAAAUACUUUAUUUGAUUGGAAUAUAGGAUUAAGAACUACUGAAACACCUAGAUAUGUAAUUGUAGGAUUUCAAACAAACAAAGAUAAUGAUCAAACACAAAACCCUUCAUCAUUUGAUCAUUGUGACUUGCAAGAUAUAUGGGUUGAACUAGGUACAACAAAGUAUCCUUAUUCAGAAUAUUCAUUAUCUUUUCCAAAUAUGCAAUUCUUAAGGAUUUAUGAAGAAGCUAUAUCCUUUGCAAAUAAUUAUUAUAACGUACCAGAUCUAAUACAACUAGGAAACAUGACAUCUUCAGACUAUAGAGAUUUAUAUCCAAUUAUGGUUUUUGAUAUAAGCAAUCAAGACAGAGAUACUUCAAGUACAAUGAGUACCAUUUAUAUUAAAUCUAAAUAUUAUUCUGUAUUGGAGACAUUAACAUAA